GUUUAGCUAUUUUAAGUGAGCAUCUCGUUUCUGAUCAAGAUGGUCCUCCUGUCAUUAUCGACAGCCGUCAUCUCACUAGUAUUGCUAUUCGCCACAUCACCACCACCACCACUACCACUACUCUCUAGAAAAGGCGCUAGCUGGUUCACCCAUACAUACGAUACAAGGCACGUCAAUCCGAAGACGAACUCGGAAUGCGAUAUGCGGCAACAUUAACAGCAACCAUAACACCAACAUGGAGCACAAAAGCAAAGCUAUCAAUACAUGUCUUGAGCGAGUACCUUCACCCCACUGAUCGGUACAUGGCGGGAAGAAGGACAUGCAGCUACAACUACACACACACGUACGCGACGCAACACCUUUCUCACGGCAUCUCUCAGGGAUGCAGCGCGCCGAUUGCGCGAUCCCGUGCCCGUGCAGUCAGCUACUGAGAAACCGUCUCAUCACACAGACCACGACAGCACCGCACCAGCUCAGCGACCAGUAAGAUUCCCAUGUAUACCCACCAGAUCAGCAUAUGACCGGCCAAUGCUGACAUGCACAGUAGUGGCAGCACGACACACCAGUCUGCCACACGGUACACGGCUUUGCCUGCCGCUUGCAGCGCGUCGCGUGCCUCUGCUUGAAGCGCGGCGUUUGCCUCCUCGAGGUCGUGGUCAUGCUCGCCUUCACGCUCCACAAUUUUUACUUCAUCAAAGAUCCGGAGCAGCAUAGCGAUCAAAACCCCACCCACCACAGCACAAAUGAUUAUCAAACGGCGCUCCACAAAAAGAUGAUCAUAGUGGUAGGGAACGUAGCCGAGUAGACCCGGUGUCGUCAGCAAAUAUCCGAUGUGUGCCGGCGAGUAGAAAGUGCCCUUUGGGUCGUGGGCACCAGAUGACUUGGCCACGACGGCCAUCCAGUCGGAGUACGAGCCCAGGCAUGACCCCCCGAAAAGCGAUGCCACGACAAGCACGACGAUCCAAGCCACAAGGGAAGAAUUGUUGGAAAUUGUGUAACAAACACCCUUGACGCACACGUCAAGGGAAGAAGGGCCACCACUGAGGAACACUGCAAACAGCACCGGCACGAGGUACCACAGCUGAUGGGUCAAGAUGAGCGUGUAGAAGUCAUCGUGGCGGAACUGAAGGCAGCACAAGAACGAGGAGAAAGGGCACACAAAGCAAGGAUGGUUGGACCCUCUUGUGCGCGUGUUAUUCUUAUCUCACCCAUCUGGUGUCUGGCAGAGAGGCGCGAACGUGACGAGAGGAGUCACCAGAUUCUGGCGUGACAAGGGGGGUCAAGAGGGAACCACGAGCUGCCUCCAU